AUGUAUUAUUCUUUAUUGGCUACUUCCGGUCAGAUUUACAGAGAAUUUGUUGGGGAAUUUAUUGCACAAUUGUUAUCUUCCCCUGGAGCCGAGGCUAAUAAUGGAGAAGGAGAAACUAAACAACAAACUUUUAUUGAAAAUAUUUUGCACUUUAACGGAAACUUUUAAUUUUUUAAUUUUUUGGAUUUCUAAUAACAACAACAAAAAUAAUAUUUCAAUGAUAACUAAUUAUUUUUAUUUAAUUCUAAUAUUUU